UGUUAUGCCUGUUGGAGAUCAGAAGAGGCAUCGACUGGUUAGAACCAAGUUUUAGAUUCCUUGUAGACAAAGGAAAGAAAAGAGGUUGAAUGAUGAUAUGAUUCAAAUCCCAGUACGAACUGGAAUGGGAAAUAAAAAUUAUAUUUAUAUACAUAGAUAUAGAUUCAUUGUUACAAACCAAUUAGCAUCUGCUGUUCCUAAUUGUUUCCGGUCGAAUACUCCAAUGGGAACCUUAAACCCUGCUAACACCAACCCUAAUCCUCUAGUCUACGAUCCUGAAAGUUUUCUCGCUUCUCUCCAAAACCUCAGUUUGAACGAAAACAACAGCUUAGGUUCUAAUGCAGCACCAUGGAUGUUUUCAAGAACUCGGGCUUCUUCUUCCAAUAAUUUGACAGGCAACAAUCUCACUUAUCCAGGAAGCGUUUAUGGUGGACUUGUUUCUUCAUCUGCAUGGAAUUUUCGGAAUCAGUCUUUUAGAAGAAGAUCACAAGAUGGUAGUAGUAACAUGGUUGUGGGUAGUGAUCGUAAUUCAUUAUUGUACAUGGCUGGGAAUCAAAUAAUUGAGAAUUAUCCUCUUCCUCCUCGAGCUGAUCAUGAACCGAUGGGGAUGAUGAGUUUGAACAGCAGCCUGCAGUCUGAUAGUCCAUGGAACCUAUAUGCUACACAACCUGCAGAUUUCAGUAGUUUGUUCACCACCACAAGGCCAAGAAAUAAUUCAAUUUUGGAGACUGCUACAACCUGGGAGGGUUCUCAUUUUUUGCAGGGGAUUCUGAAAGAGGGUGAUCAUGAUUUGAGGCAACAGAUUUUGGAUGCCAUUAUUGGUGAUGGCAUUAUUUUUGAGGUGAUGGAUAAUGAAUAUGGGCACCAUCUGUUUCAGAGGCUUCUUGAUGUUUGUGAUCCCACACAGCUUAAGGCCAUCUUCUCUGCAUUGGCUUCCACUGAGGACUUGUUCAUAGAUGUAGCUCUUCACAGACACGGUUCAACUGCAGUCCAGGCGUUGAUCAAGAAACUGAAAAAAUCAGAUUUUGGCUUCACCAUUACAUCAAUUCUUUCCCGUAGGUUUCUUGAACUGAUGACAAGUAAACAUGGGCGAUAUGUUGUGCAGCAAUGCUUUAAUACCUUCAAACCCAGGGAGAAUGAGGUGUUGUAUAAUGCUACGGUGCGCUACUUCAAAGAAUUAGCCACUUCUGAACAUGGAUGUGUAUCCUUGAAUGCUUGCCUGAGUUGCAUUGGUGGGCCACAGAGGGCCAAACUUCUCACCCAGAUCUCACAACAUUCAGAUUUCCUCUCCAAUGAUCCUUGGGGGCACUUUGUGGUGCAGGAAGUUCUAAAGCUUAAGGAUGAAAAUUUCACCCGAAUCAUCUGCAUCCGUCUUGAGGAUCUAUACAUACACUUAGCUCGCAGAAAGGGUGGCAGCCAUGUUGUGGAGAAGUGCAUAAGAUCAUCAGAAUUUGGAAUGAGAUCUGUGGUUGGGGCUCUUUUGAAGACUGAAAAACAACUCUUACAACUUGCAUCUGAUCAGUUUGGAAAUUAUGUUGUCCAGACAGCCUUAAAACUUACAAAGCAACAUGAUGUGGAGCUUUACGGGUCUCUUGUCAUGCUUCUCAAGACGCAAAAUGCACAUCUUUCGCGUAAUGUGAUCGGGAGACAUAUAGUCAAUCUCAUCAAGGAGUUGGAAAGUCAGCAGUGUUGAGAUUUUGAGGAUUGAUGCCAGCCGUGUUUGCCAAGGAAACAUGCAUACAUAUGUCAUAUUUCUGUAUCUAUAAUCUGUCUGUCUAAGAUGUAUACCAGUUCUGUUUUUGCACCCAAAAUUUGUGACUGAGCCAUGAGUUAUUGUAUUUCUAUCAUAAUUCUACAAUUUGGAUUC